AGAAGCGUCGGCGGCUGGGCGGCUGAGCGGGGGUGGGGCGGGCCUCCCCGUCGCCCCGGCCCAGGCGCCCAGGGACGGCGGGGGCAGCAUGGCCGCCAGUCUGUGGAUGGGAGACCUGGAGCCGUACAUGGACGAGAAUUUCAUUUCGAGAGCCUUUGCUACUAUGGGAGAGCUAGUUCUGAGUGUAAAAAUAAUUCGGAAUAGGUUGACAGGGAUUCCAGCAGGCUAUUGCUUUGUAGAAUUUGCUGACUUGGCCACUGCAGAAAAAUGUUUACAUAAAAUCAACGGGAAACCUCUUCCUGGUGCCACACCAACAAAGCGAUUUAAAUUAAACUAUGCCACAUAUGGAAAGCAGCCUGACAACAGCCCAGAAUAUUCACUAUUUGUAGGAGAUCUGUCCCCUGAUGUAGACGAUGGGAUGAUAUAUGAGUUCUUUGUAAAAGUGUACCCAUCAUGUAGGGGCGGCAAAGUUGUCGUGGACCAGACGGGAGUUUCCAAAGGCUAUGGUUUUGUGAAAUUCUCAGAUGAAUUGGAACAGAAAAGAGCACUGAUAGAGUGCCAGGGGGCUGUCGGCCUUGGUUCUAAACCGAUACGCUUGAGUGUUGCCAUACCAAAAGCUAACCGGCUGAAGACAGUCGAGUACAACCAGAUGUACAACUAUAACUAUAACCAGUACUACCAACAGUAUCAGAACUACUAUGCACAUUGGGGAUAUGAUCAGAACACAGGCAGUUACAGCUACAGCUAUCCACAAUAUGGCUACACACAAAGCACCAUGCAGAACUAUGAAGAGGUUGGUGAAGAUGCAUUAGAAGGUUUCCUUCCUUUUUCAGAUCCAAUGCCCCAGAUGGAUGUGGGAGAAGCGAACAAACAGUUCAUGGAACAGAGCGAAGAACUCUACGAUGCCUUGAUAGAAUGUCAUUGGCAGCCUUUGGACAGUGUCUCUUCAGAGAUUCAAGCCAUGUAGUUGCCUUGCUAAACACGGCGUCUCCGAGCAACAUGCCAGUGUGCCCUGGACUCUAGCCAAGCACACGAAGCCUGCAGCUGGGUUGCCCCCUCUUUUCCUCCAGAUUGCUGACUCAGAAGAGUACAGAGGAGGGCUUGCAGCAGUUUCUGUAUGUGCUGAGCCGGCAGAGGAGCAUUUGUGGUCAAAUCUAUUCAUGAUGAAAAUAGAACUCAGACACUUAGGUUUUUUUCUUUUCCUUUCCUUUUUUUUGGGGGGGGGGUGGGCGUCUUGAGACAGACUUGUUAAUCCUUGUCAAGGAGUUGUAAUUUAUAAACUUUUAAAAACAAGAUGGUAUGGUGGGAAAAAUUUUACUUCCAUGUACAAUAAAAAGUAUCUUUUACACAAGA